AUGGGUCGCGCGGCGCUCUUCGUCGACGGCGCGCUCUGCUCGCAUUCCUGCGACCCGAACCUCAAGUACGACGCGGCGGCGGGCGGCCUCGAGCUCACGGCGACGCGGGCCAUCGCCGCGGGCGAGGUCGUCGCCUUCUCCUACCUGGGCAACGCGCGCGGCGAGACCGCGGCGGCGCGCGCGGCCGAGCUCGAGCGCAAGUUCGACUUCGCCUGCGCGUGCGACCGCUGCGCCGCGAGCGACGCCGCGACGUCCGCGGGCUGCCCGAAGAACUGCGGGGGCUACGCGUCGCUCAAGGCCGGGGACCCGCCGGGGGGGCGGCUCCUCUGCGCGCGGUGCGGCGUCCUCGAGCCCAAGUCCGCGCGGACGGUCUACGCGGCCGAGGCGCUCAAGCGCGAAGCCAUCGACGAGAUGCGCGACGCCGACGUCGACCUCGACACAUCGCCCGCGGACGACCUCGCCUACGUCAUGAACGCGACCCACGCGCUCGUCGAGGAGUGCGCGCGCGACCUGUCCCGGCGUCACGAGCUCACGCGGGCCGCGCGCGGUCUGCUCAAGACCGUGCUCGCGGCGCUCCUCCGGCGCCACAGGCCCGACGAGGGCCAGUUCGCCUUCCUCGUCAACGCCUACGUCGCCAACGACCUCGACGUCGUCGACGCGCUCGAAUGCGUCGCCGCGCGGUGCCCCGCCGCGGGCAAGUGCGCCGCGCGCCACGCGCCGCUCUACGAGCUCAGCGGCGUCGUCUUCCAGACGGCCAUCGCCGCCGUCAACCAGCUCCCCCCGGGGCUCAAGACGCGCACGCGCGCGGAGCAGCUCGCGCGCAAGUACGAGCCCUGCAUCGCCCUCGCGUUCGGCCGGAACGACGAGUCCAAGGGCCACGUCGCCCGGCUCUUCGCCAUGCUCCCGAAGGCGGCCUGCGUGCCCUGCCCGAGGCCCAAGGGCGCCGCGGCCGAGACGGGCACGCCGCGCGUCCCGACGCUGUAA